CAUACUUCACUGCAGCUUCUCUCUCACUUGUGUCUCCGUCAGUCCUGAUUCUGAUGACGCUGCAGCUCCGCUGCCACUGCAAGGGCAGCAGCGGGACCCCGACAACCCUGCUCGUAAAGUUCCGCGGCAGCCAUGGCGGAACGCCGUCGCGAAGCUCCCAGCAACCCCAACAGCGCCGACUCAACACCUGCACUGCCCGCGCUGGGCUUCGAAAACAGCUCUCCCUCAUUCGGCAUCUCCUACGAUCAUUCGCCUUCUGCCUCACCGUACGCGCGCACCGGAUACUCACGAGUGGGCAACGAUGCGACCGACCGGCAUGCCCCAUCCACAAUUGCGGAGGAAGCUGAAGGAGACAUCGCCGGCACCUUUCAGGGCCAAGCGAGCGGCGGACUGGGUAUAGCAGCACCUGGCGACUCUCCCACUCUGGGCAGUAAAACAGCAAUACCACCCCACCUCCGCAAAUCAGGAAGCGCUGCUGCCCUAUGGAGCCCGGGCGUUACAGUGUCUCCGCCAGACACGAGUGACCCUUUCCUGGGUAGAUUUCCUCACGACUCAGCAGAGGCUACACCUGAUCUGGCUCGCGAGCGCUUCAGUCCGUAUACAGGAACCUACGAGGAGUUUCAACGCACCGUACCAGAAUACACGCGGGCCCGUGCCAGCACCGCCGAUUUUCAGCAGUAUCUCCACGCGUCAGACACUCAACCAUUGCGCGGCGCGCCCUCCAUUAAGUCGGCAUUCGAGAAUAAUGCUUUUCAUCCAGGCCACGAGUGUCAGACACGCAGAGAUUUCUAUCAUUCCCGAUUCUCUUGGCUGAAUGGCACGAUCAUAUUCAUAUGCAUACUUUCCACGGUAUUGUCGGGGAUUUACCUGGGUCUGGCGUUAAGUGCUCCUCGAUAUGGACGCUACAUCAGCACGAGUGCUGGAGCCAAGAUGCGACCUGCCACUGCAAUCCUCUGGACUUCGAUUAUUGCAAAGGUGAUCGAGCUCUCCUUUGUCACAGGAUUCGUGUCCUUUCUUGGACAAGUGCUGAGUAGGAGAGCAUUCAGCCGGAGUGGAGGUGUGACCCUUUCGGAACUGAGUAUGUGGCGAUGGGUUGUUCAACCCGGCACCCUUAUCACACAUUGGGAGACUGCCAAGUACGCUGGUCUGUCCUUCCUGGGCAUGUUGAGUCUGCUGAGCGCGAUUCUGGCUACGCUGUAUGCGCCUGCGGCAACCGCUUUAGUCCAGCCGAUGCUGAGAGAUGGAAACCUAGAAACAAGGCUUUUGGCUGGAAGCGUCAAGACUGACUUUGCGAACAUUCUAUACAUCCAGAAAAUGUGUCAGUCUCCGAUCACCACGGACCCAGAGUACUCAGGGACAACUUGUACACAGAUCGAACAUGCUGGCCAGGGGUUCUAUAAUUAUCACAAGUACCUUGCUGACUGGACACACGAGGCCAACACCGGUAAUAGCUCCUCUGAUCAGAAGAAACGCCCGCUAGGAUUUGGGCUUUUGUACGAGAAUACUACAGUCACCGCAGACUGGAUCGACAUCAUCAACACCACCGAGGUAUCCAAACAAUACAAGCGCGCCAUUAACAACGUUUCCCUUGCUAUGCCUCACGCUGGCGUAUUUGCAGCAGCACGCGACCAGGGGAAUGGGAUACUCCAGCCAGAAGAGCUAGAUUCGGAAGGCACCUACACACUUGAGGCUUCUGUCCCGUCACCAGUUAUGAAAGUCUUAUGUGUAAACAUGAACAAGGCUGAGCUUGCGCCUCUGGUCUACACCGAAUGGCCGAACGACGAGAUCGUCAAUGCCACAAGUUGGCAGAAAACAAAUCUGAUGGCCAACGCAACUACUACCAACAAGACAGUCGUGGACGAUAUCUUUGGCUGGACGAAACUAGACAAUGUGACGAUGCUCGAUUACCCUCCUGUCUUCGCCAAAUUCCCAAGACACUUUAACACUAUUCUCAACCACACAAGCUAUGCUUGGGGUCGAUCUGCCAUUUAUGUGAUGGGCCAAGGAGGAGAUGGUAUAUCGGGCCCUAACAUGACUGACGUCUAUUCAGUUUGCAAGAUCGAUGUCGACAUCACGCCAUAUUGUAGCACCCGGUACGAGGCAGGUGGUUCCGGUGGAAAAUUGAAAGCGAUUUGUGGAGAUCCGAUAGAUGAUACCGUUGGCAAAAUGGCGUACAUCAACAGCCAGACGAAUGCUACAGUGAGGCGAGGUCUCGCUAACUGGCGAGACGUUGGUACCGAUUGGUCGAACAGUCUAUCGCUCGGUACUGGCCUCAGUGACGGCGAAGCCAGCAACUCACGACUACUUAUGCAGCUACAGCUGGUGCCGGAGGGUGGUAGGGAUGCCGAUCCGGACAACCUAAACGUCGACCUCAAUCCAUUGCUUCCAAGUAUGAGCGAAGCUCUUGCAGUUCUAUCGGGGUGCACGUUGCUUAAGAGCUUCAUCGAUGCGCCUUUCGUCCCUUUCUGGAACUACACCAAGCCCAUGCUUAGUGACCCGCAAACGCAGUACUUCAAUGCAACGAUUAGAGCACAGCAGUACGCUUCUGGUGGAGUGGACAACCCUUCUAAAGCCUGGAUGAUCAUUCUCUUUCUGGUGUUCAUUAUGAACAUAUUCGUUCUCGUCUAUUUCAUGAUGCAUCGCGGUCUCGUUACCGACUUUUCCGAACCACCCAAUCUCUUUGCGUUGGCUGUCAACAGUCCACCCAGUCAAGCUCUUGCAGGGAGUUGUGGCGGAGGGCCUGAGGGCAAACAAUACAUGGUCAACUGGUUCGUUAAUCACGAGGGCGAGCACCUGUAUAUGGAGCCAGGCGAAAAGACGGCUCUUCUUGCAGGACACGAGCACUCGCACUCGCACGCCCACAAUCAUGGUCACGGUACUGCACAUCAAACGGACCCACAACGAACCGGGUUCUUCUCGGGGAUCACAGCCGCGUUUGGUGGUAUGCGGUUACCUUUCAGCUCUAAGACCAAGGCUCCUACAAAGGUCAGCCAGCCUGCUGGUACUGAGCGACUCCGGCCUCUGAGUGCCGUGGAGAGCGUGCACUCUAGACUUGCGCCCUCGGAGUAUGAGAUGGAGGACGGCGAGACGAGGACAGAACGACAAUAUGCAAAAUUGUCGAAACGGAGGAGCAGGCUCUGAGACCUGAAAGACAAAUGAAUCGGACUUAUUGCGAAACCACCCUUUUUGGUGUGCCAUUGAGCUUUUGCAUGUCUCGUCUACGAGGGAUUUCGAGAUCGUUGCCUCAAGGCCUUUUCCGCGAACUCUUCGCGCAUUGCUUCACUGUCCUUGGCGCACCGAGACACCCUGCCGUAGCUCAACUCGAUGAAACCCUUAAAAACCGCAGGAUCCUA